AUGUCACAAGACGCUAAAACAAAGACAUUCAAAGUUGUUGUCCUUGGUGAUACAGGUGUAGGUAAGACAACAUUAAUUCACCAAUUUGUUAACGGCGAAUUCAUUGCCGAUUUUAAGGCAACAAUUGGAGCAGAUUUUUCUUCAAAAAUAAUGACCGUUGAUGGUCAGCGUAUAUACAUUCAGAUAUGGGAUACAGCAGGUCAAGAACGCUUCCACGCUGUUGGAGCUACAUUUUAUCGUGGUACAGAUGCUUGCAUUCUUGUCUACGAUUGCACACAAGUUGAAUCCUUCCACCGCUUAAGCUUUUGGAGAGAAGAUUUAUUCACAAAAUCACAAAUGGAACCAGAUCCGAAAUUCCCAAUCAUUAUAUUCUCAAACAAAUCCGAUCUUGAGAGCCAAAAGCAAGUAAAUAUAGAAGAUGCUCGUCAGUGGGCUGAACAGAAUGGAUAUCCUCUUUUCGAGGUCUCAGCUAAAAGCGGAGCCAAUGUUCAGGAUGGUUUCUUGAAAAUCAUUGAAAUUUACCUCGCAAACUCAAAGGAUCCAAACAAUAGACCACAAAUUACACUCAAGCUUACAGAUACAAAGCAAGAUAAGAAGCCUUGCUGCUGA